AUGAACACCAAAAAACGUUCGUCCAAAACAUCAUCAACAACAGGUACUUGUCUUGAUGAUAAUUCGUCCUUGGUUCUCCCCACGGGCCAUGUUUCAUCAUUCAUUGGAAACCACGCCGCACUACAGCCAUCAUCGGAAGCUAACCAUCAAUUCAAGGAAACCAACAUCAACGCACAGCAACUUGGUAGUAACGCGAUGAAUCAUCAUUCAACAACGGCUCUCGCUAACGAUGUAAACAAUACUGGGAAUAAUCAAGACAAUCCCGCCAUGCCCCAACCUGCUCAACCCACGUGGGGAACAAAAGUGAACAGGAAAUAUAGACAAUUGCGCAAAACGUUGAAAACUUGCAAGCAUUUCGAAGAUAAUUAUUUUGUUUUGGAACUCAAUAAUGCUCAACAACCUCCACCUCAAAUGUUCUUCAACGAUCAUCACGACCAUGCGAAACCUCAUUCACAAUCUUCCCAAAAACCUCGUCGCAAGAAGGCUUCUCAACAAGCACCUCAAACAUCUAACUCGGCAGAAUCGUCGCCAGACAUGGCUGGAAAAUCCUCCUCAAUUGGUUUAGCAUUGGAGAGCUGUACAGCUCCAUCUCACUCAACAACAACUCCACUGACACAACCAACAAAAAAGGCUCCUCUCACGUCUGUGCCUUAUCAAGGUCAAGUGCAAAUGAUGGGGGAAUUUAGUGUUGCCAGACCUGGAGAGGAUGAGGUGGUACCUCUUUCCAUUAUUAACAGAUCUGAAGAGAUGGAACAACGAAACAUGAUGAGAACUCCAAAUAGUAGCACCUCAGGCUCCUCGAACGAUAAAUCCCAUACAGGUCUUGUCACACGAAAUACAGACACUACCAAGAAAAGAAAAACUAAGGACGGAGUAAGCAAAAAUGAACCCGUAAAGAAAAAGUGUUGCAAAAAAACUUCAGUCGAUGUACACAAUUCCAAUGUCCAAAGUUCCAUGCAGCAGGUGGACGAACAUCCAACCUGUACCAUUAACAUGAUGAAUUGCUCAGGAACAAUCAUUUCCAGUAAUGAGGACAAUGUUCGUUCAUCAAAUUCAACUCUACUCAAUUCUCAGCCUGUCAUUUCAACUAAUCACAUAUUUGGUUCAAGUCACAACAGUCAUUUCCAUAAUGAUGAUGAAUUUAUGAUGGCUAGACCUGAAACCAGUACGGCACCCACGCGCCCAUCUUCCACAACAACCAAAAUCACAGUGAAUCCCAACCACAAUUUCAUUUCAUUCUCAUCAUCUCAACCCUCACCAAGAAUCUUACCAUUUCCUUACCAUUCGUCGUCGAGUUCGACAAGCCCUCUUCCUUCUUCUUCGGUUACUCUUCCAACCAUGACUGAACUUCCUCCUUUCAUAACUGAACUCACCAAUUCAAUUCCUGCAACUUCAGAAAAUAAGCUUCCAAGUCUCAAUAGUAUUGAUAGCUUUUUUAAGGCGGAUCUAACGGAUGAAUCCAUACUCCGAACGUCAAGAAGCAGUCAAGAACGAUUACUACAACGAAACAGUUCUACAAUUUCUGACUUUCUUCGCUUGGAAGAUAUACCAAUGACCAACGUAUCGUCAAACAGCUCUCUUGCUUUGGAAUCGAAAGAUGACGGAAAAAUAUUGGUAGAAUCUAAGCAAGCAAUGCCACUUCAACAAAACAGUGUCAACAGCGCCCACUCAGGAUUCGAACACUCUUCUUCGAACUGUCUUUUGAAGAGAAAUCCAUCAGGGGGUCUUCCAAGAAGUAUGAGCCAUGGAAGUCUUUCUCUGCUUGAUACAUCAGCCGAUGACGACGACGAGGAUUCUGAAAGCAAAAACGAAGCAGCAGACGACAGAAGUAGUAGUCACUUUUCCAGAUCGACCUCUUCUGAUUCCAUGAGACAAAUUCCAAGCUUGACCGUUCUGCAACCUUUUGAUCUCCACGAAAUGCAAUCCAUUGAAACGGUAAACACUAGUACCUCCAAACUAACUGAGCCAAUCACUACAACUGCAGCAAUUUCUCCUUCACUAACAAAAGAAGUAGUCAUUGAGCGAGAUAAGAUUCUUGUGAAGAGUCCUUUCAUUACGCCUCUGAACUCUGUUCUAUACAAGAACAUCUCUGUGAGUAAUAUGGAUCUUGUGAAAAUGGAUGUACCCAGCGUUGAGACGUUUAAAAAACCAGAGGUGGUAUCUCCAGAAAAAGAUCAUUCUCAUUGGCUGCAGCAAAUUCACAUGUUGCCCUCAAACGACUCUUUAACUCGUAUACCGAGUAUUGAUUUUGAAAUUGGACCAGGUGAAAAGAAAUAA